GCAGCUGAUGGAGCGAGCGCGGGCAGAAGGCUCGCGCGAACAUGGCGGACGGAGACAGCGGGAGUGAGCGCGGCGGCUUCCAGAACCUCCAGCGGGACCAGGACACCCAGGAGCUGGCGUCCAAACGGCUCGACAUCCAGAACAAGCGCUUCUACCUGGACGUCAAGCAGAACAGCAAAGGGCGCUUCAUAAAGAUCGCGGAGGUCGGGGCCGGCGGCUCCAAGAGUCGCCUGACGCUCUCGUUGUCGGUAGCGGCGGAGUUCCGGGACUAUCUCGGGGACUUCAUCGAGCACUACGCCCAGCUGGGGCCCAGCAGCCCCGAGCAGCUCGCGCAGGCGUCCGCAGGGGAGGACGGCGGACCGCGGCGCGCACUCAAGAGCGAGUUCCUGGUCCGGGAGAACCGCAAGUACUACCUGGACUUGAAGGAGAACCAGAGGGGGAGGUUCUUGCGGAUCCGACAGACCGUCAACCGCGGCCCGGGCUUCGGAGUCGGGGGACCCGCGGGCGGCGUGCUGUCCGGCCAGACCAUCGCGCUGCCGGCUCAGGGCCUGAUCGAGUUCCGGGACGCGCUGGCCAAACUCAUCGACGACUACGGCGGCGACGACGACGAGCUGGCGGGCGGAGUGUUCGGGGCUGCCGCGGGCUUCGGUGAGCUGCCCGAGGGCACCUCCAUCACCGUGGACUCUAAACGCUUCUUCUUCGACGUGGGCUCCAACAAGUACGGCGUGUUCAUGCGCGUGAGCGAGGUGAAGCCCAGCUACAGGAACUCCAUCACGGUGCCGCUCAAGGCCUGGGCCAAGUUCGGAGGCGCCUUCUGCAGGUACGCGGAGGAGAUGCACGACAUCCAGGAGCGCCUCCGGGACAAGAGCUACGAGCGCCGGGACGAGUCCGAGGGCGACGACGGGGACGACGACUGAGCGACGCGGCCCAGAGGUCACGUGUGACGUCAGAACAUCAGCCGCGGGUCGGUUGUGAUCCAAAGCUUCGCUGCGCGCUCCGGGGUUGUGGGAUGAUCCAGAUUACACCAGCGCUGGGAUUACGGGCCGGAGCGGACUCGUCCACACGACGUCACGAGCUCGGAAGCCCCCAAGCAGCAACCUGUCAGCGAGUGCAGCUGACGAUGUCGCCGCUCCUCUGUAGCGAGCGGUCAGCCCGUGUCACGUGUUGUACGUGUGGACGAGUCCAAACCAAGUCUUCAAGCGUCAACGUCACGAUGUCAACGCGCGUGGUGUGUGAAUCUGUUAUCCAGUUCGUGUGACGUCGUUGUUUGGGUUGACCCGGGAACCAGAACCCUCUGUCUGAACGUGGAAAAUGUAAAGCAACAAACCAGCAGAAAUAUUUUAACUAUUCUGAUGACAGCUCAAAAUAAAAAAAAAAUAAUUUCUUAAA